UCUCCUCCGCGGCGUCUGGCAACACUGCAAGGCGGCGAGGAGAGGAAGAAGGAGGCGGCGCAAGAGAGGAGCAGGAGAGGAGGCGGGACACAGGACACUUAACGGCACUAUGUGGGCCAACCAGUCCUGGGCGGCGAGUAGCCCUCAGCAGGGCCUCAGCCUCCUAGAACAGCAGGCCCAGCAGUAUGCAGCUCUCCAGCAACAGCAGCCAGCACAGCAGGCACAACAGCAGCAGCAGGGACAGCACCAGUGGCAGCAGGGCCAGGCAUCAACAAACCCCUGGAUGUGGGGGCAGGCAGGGAUGUACGGCAUGUACGGGAUGUACGGGAACAACAUGCCCCUCAUGGGCAUCCCCACCCCACCUGUGGCUGCCCCCCUGCCCCCAGGCCCUCCACCAGGCCCUCCUCCUGGUGACCCCCCAGCAGGGAAUGAGGCCCCUCCACCCCCACCCAAGGAGCCCCCACCCCCACCCCCUCCAGAGGAGGUGGAGGAGAAGAAAGCAGCAUUGAAGGCGGCAGCCAAGGACCCGCCCCCACCGCCCCCGCAGGACGGGCUGCUGGGCCCCGUGCCUGCUGCCGUGGCCCCCCUGCUGCCAGGCAUCAAGCCCCCCACGCCCAAGGAGGUGAAGACACCACAGACCAAAGACACAUCCGGCUGGAAGAACAAUGCCCCGGGGCUGCUGGGGCCACCCCCAGCCACCGUGCAGCCAGCCAGGGGGGGCUGGGUGGGGCCCCAGCCCCAGCCAGGAAGUGCCUGGAAGGCUGACCCCAUUACUGCUGUCAACAAGACCACCACCACCACUGCCACCAGCACCACCACCACCACCAAGAAUGUGACAGCCACCUCCAGCACCACCAGCACUACCAACAGUUCCAACACAAACACUAAGAGCAGUGCUGCCAACAGCAUUAACAGCAGCAACAGCAACAGCAGCGGCGCAGCCACCACCCCUACCACCCCCACCACCAACAGCAACAGCAGCAGCAGCAUGAACCAGAAGGGUGGCCAGCCAGCGGGAGGCAAUGCCUGGCAACAGAAUCAGGGCCGGACAGACCUUCCCUCUGGCUGGAUGGACUGCAGCAUGCCGCCCCCCAACCACCGGCCAAGCUGGAACCAGAACACUGAGUCACCCAAGGGCGGGGAGAUGUCUCACAUGGGCCAGGGCGGCAUGAACUACCCUCCACCGUCCACCGGAGGAAGAGGCGGAGGCCAAGGACAGUAUCAGUAUGGCGCUGGCGGCAACACACCCCAGGGAGGGGGGAGAGGGGCACCACCCGCAACAGAAGCACCAGGAGGAGGACAGCCGGAGUUUGACGAGGCGGCCUUGCAUGUGCAUGUUGCGUGCGAUAACACAUCACCUACACUUGGCUCCGUUUCUCGCCCGUCACAUGCUCCGUCACACCAACAGAAUGACGAGGACCUGAAGGAGUUUGACGUGCAGUUUGCCAAUUGGGAGAAGCAGUUUGAGAAGUGGCGUGAGGACAACAGAGGCCACCCGGACAAACAGGCGCUGAGGAGGUAUGAGGAGGAGUGGACCACCUGGAGGGCCCAGCUGCUGUCCAAGCGUGAAGACAUCCGCAGCAGGAAGGUGGCCAAGUUCAAGCAGCAGCAACACCAGAAGCCUUCCCCCACCGGCAGCACCACCGCUGCCACCACCACCUCCCCCUCCACCGCCACCACCACAUCGGCCAACAGUGGUAUGAAUGGAUCGGGUUAUGGCCAGAAUCAGGGCCAGGGAGGCUAUGGCCAGGACCAAGGAAGGUUUGGCCAAAACCAGGGACAGGACGACUAUGGCCAAAAUCAAGGACAGGACUAUGGCCAAGGAGGCUAUGGCCAGAACCAAGGACUGGGAGGAUACAACCAGAACCAGGGUCCAGGUGGAUAUGGCCAAAACCAGGGCCAGGGAGGGUUUGGGCAAAAUCAAGGACAAGGAGGUUAUGGCCAGAACCAAGGGUCAGAAGGAUAUGGCCAGAACCAGGGCCAAGGAGGGUAUGGCCAAGGACAAGGAUAUGGCCAAAGUCAAGGACAAGGAGGAUUUGGCCAAGACCAAGGAGGAUAUGGCCAAAACCAAGGCCAGGGAGGGUUUGGCCAAGAGCAAGGAGGAUACGGCCAAAACCAAGGCCAGGGAGGCUUUGGCCAGAGGUCAGAGCCAGGAGGCUUCAAUCAGAACCAGGGAAGGUUUGGCCAAAACCAGGGAGGGUCAGGAGGUUUUGGCCAGAAUCAGGGAGGGCCAGGUGGGUUUGGCCAGAACCAAGGCCAAGGUUUCGGUCAGAAUAAAGGGCCAGGGAGCUUUGGCCAGAACCAAGGAGGGCCUGGAGGGUUUGGCAACAACCAAGGGCCAAGAGGGUUUGGUCAAAAUCAAAGUUCAGGUGGUUUUGGCCAGAACCAAGGGCCAGGAGGGUUUGGCCAGAACCAGGGAGGGCCAGGUGGGUUUGGCCAAAACCAGGGAGGGUCAGGAGGUUUUGGUCAGAAACCGGGAGGGCCAGGCGUGUUUGGCCAGAACAAGGAUUCAGGUAGUCGUGACCAGAGUCCUGGGUCAGAAGGAGCUGGCCAGGACCAGGACCUGAGAUCGUUUGGCCAGAAGCAAAGCCCUGGUGUCUUUGGCUCCAGUCCGAGCAGAUUUGGACCUAAUCAAAGCCGGGACAAGUUUAGCCCAGGGAAGGAUGCCGGCCCAAACCAGAAAAGGAUGGGAGAGAGUCCGGGCCAGGAGGAGUUUGGCCAAAAGCCGGACCAGAAAGGAUUUGACUCAAGCCAGGGCCAAGGAGACUUUGGCCAGGACCAAGACAUGCGCGGCUUUGGUCGAGGAGGCUUUGGCUCGGGCCGGGGCCGAGGGGACUUUGGCCAGAAUAGGGGCCGAGGGGACUUUGGUGCCAAUCGAGGCCGAGGAGAAAUUGGCCAGAAUCGUGGACGCGGCGACUUUGGGUCUGGCCGAGGUAGAGGGGAUGACUUUGGCCAGAGCAGGGGCCGAGGGGACUUUGGCCAGGGCCGUGGGCGGGGAGACUUUGGCCAGAACAGAGGGAGAGGCGAAGACUUCAGUCCAGGCCGAGGCCGAGGGGAAGACUUUGGCGCAAACCGAGACGACAUGGGCCAAGACAGAGGCCGCGGGGAAGCCUUUGGCCAGAACAGAGGGCGAGGAGAAGACUUUGGGCCAAACAGAGGCCGUGGCAGUGACUUUGGGCCAGGCAGAGGCCGGGGAGGUGACUUUGGGCCAAGCAGAGGCCGGGGAGGCGACUUUGGCCAGAACAGAGGCCGCGGAGGGUUUGACCAGCGGCCGGACAGAGGGGACUUUGACCAGAGCAAGGAGCAAGGAGGAUUUGGCCCCAGCCAAGACAAAGAUGACCUGGGCCAGAAGCAGGACAGAGAUGGAUUUGGCCAGAAUGACAGCCAGCCACCUGUGCGAGGGGGCUUUGGCCGUGGCAUGUUUGGUGGCCGAGGAGGGUUUGGCUCCAACAGGGGGAGAGGUGGAUUUGGCCAAAAUCAAGACAAAGGUGAAUUUGGCCAAGAUCAAGAUCCAAGUGACCAAGACCAGAGUCAAGACGGAAGCAACUUUGGCCAGGCCCGAGGAAGGGGCGGCUUUGGCCGAGGGGACUCCCGGGGUGGCCGGGGCCGAGAUGGCUUUGGUCGGGGCCGAGGUGGCUUUGGCCAAGGCCGAGGCGGCUUCAACCAAGGCAACUUUGACUCUAGCCCGAGCAAGGAAGAGUUUGGGCCGGGCCAGGGCCAGGGCCAGGACAGGUUUGGCAAGGACCCGGAGCCGGAGCAGUUUGGGUUCAACAACGAGCCAGGAAAGUUUAGCCCUGGGCUGGGUCGGGGAGGGCGAGGCCAGUGGGCCGGCAGAGGUGGUAGGGGUGGCCUCCACCAGGGAGAGCCUGACCAAGACCAGGGCACAAACUUUUGGCAGGGCAGACGAGACGGCCCCAGCCCCGACCAGCGGAGCAACAGCCCAUGGUCUAAUGCUGAACGCGACAGCUGGGGUGGCCGCGGCAGGGGGGGGAGGGGAGGCUUUGGCCCUGUGGGCCGGGGACAGCCCCAGCAGGAGGAAGAGGAGCAGGGCUUUGGCAUGAGGGGAGGCGGCAGGGGCCAGGACCGCGGCAGCUCCAGCAGACCUUUCGGCCAGCGCGGUCGAGGCCGGGGAGGCUUUGGGUCAGGUGGUUUUGGCCAGGAUGACCCCAUGGCCAAGGAGGACGCCAUGGGUGACCAGCCGGACCGGGGAUUUUCUGACCUCGGCCAGAUGAACAGUGACAGGGGAGACUUUGGCCAGCCUGGCUGGGGCCGGGGUCGUGCCCGGGGCCGAGGCCGAGGGGGUCAGGAUGGCCCAGAUGGGCCCGAAUGGGAGCAGGGACCCCCAGGCCAAAUGGGGGAGAGCGGCCGAGGUGGCCGUGGCCGGGGAGGAUCCGGUGGUAGUCGCUGGGGGGAUGAUGACAGGGGCAGGAUGGACGAGGGGCCUGGCGGAUGGCAGGGGGAGGGCAGCGACCCCAGCUGGCGGGGCCGUGGGGGCUUUGAUCCCUCCAGGCGAGGGCGGGGCAGAUUUGACUCUGGCAGAGGUGGCAGGGGGAGGGGCGGCCCGGACUCUGAGGAGGAAGGGCCGAGGGGCUCUGAACCCCAGGAGUGGAGCCAGCGAGGCCGUGACUCACAAGGCUGGGGCCAGAGAGGCCGUGGCCGAGGAUUCAAUGACCGGGACAGUUGGGAUCGCAGCAGUCAACCCGACAAGGAUGACCUUGGUGGAUUUGGCCGAGGCAGUGGCCCUCAAGAAAGCCGCUGGGGCAGCGACGACAGGGGCCGGUCCAGAGACAGUCCCUACGGCAGGGGCCGGGGCCGGGGCCGCGGAGGAGCUUGGUCUGGCCCAGAGCAGAAGGACCAGGGCCCAUGGCAGGGCGAUGACGGCCCUACCGACAACCCACCGUGGAGGCAGCCCGGCGGCAGGGGCUGGGGCGGCCCACAGCAGCAGGAGGAUGAUGGUCCAGGAUGGGGCCGUGGGGGUGGCCAGCGUGACCGAGGCCGUGGGGGGCGAGGCAGCAACUCUCCCAAUGCAGGUCGGGGAGGCUGGGGUCGUGGGCGGGGCGGUGGCGGCUGGGGGGGUGACGACUACAUGCACCAGGAUGAGCCAGUGGACCGCCGUGAUGGCCCGCCGGGAUGGAAAAAAGGCGAGAGAGAGACCAUCCCCGGCCUUGACUUAACUGACGCACCACCCAAGGAUGCAAAGCCCGCAGGGGAGGUGGUGGAGGUGGAGGAGGAGGACAAGAAAAGAAAGAAGAGUGAAAGCAAAGACAAGGACGAAGAGGAGGCAAAGGAAGGGUCAGCCGCAAAGAAGAAGAAAACCGACACGGACACCAAAGCCGCUGUUUUCCACGAGCCUCAGGACGAGAAGAUCGAGCUGAAACUUGGCGCCGAGCCCCUUAAGAUCGGCCCCAUUGGAGUGCCGCCGCGUAAGCAUGAGAAGUUCACAAUGCCGGGCGAGUGGUAUGACGACGAGGAUGAGCGUGAGGGGACGGAGGGCGGCGGUGAGCAGGAGGAUCAGGACAAGGACGGCAAGAAGGACACAAAGGAGCAGCAGCAGACCCCCUCCAAGCUGCCCCUUGCCGGCCCCCUUGUGAAGCAACAGCCGCAGCCAUCCCCACACCGGCGUGGAGACCCAAUGACCCCGGGCUUUGGUGGCAGUCGGUUUGGAGGGCCGCCCCAGAGAGGGUUUGGCCCCGACCGCCCCGAUCUUGGCCCCAACCGCCCCGAUCUUGGCCCCAACCGCCCAGAUCUUGGCCCCAACCGCCCCGAUCUUGGCCCCAACCGCCCCGAUCUUGGCCCCAACCGCCCCGAUCUUGGCCUCAACCGCCCCGAUCUUGGCCCCAACCGCCCAGAUCUUGGCUCCAACCGCCCUGAUCUUGGCCCCAACCGCCCUGAUCUUGGCCCCAACCGCCCCGAUCUUGGCCCCAACCGCCCCGAUCUUGGCCCCAACCGCCCCGAUCUUGGCCCCAACCGCCCCGACAUUGGUCCCAACCGCCCCGACCUUGGCCCGAGUCCUGGCCUACCUGAGUUUAGGGACUCCCCGAUGGGUGAACCGUGGAGGGACUGCCCGUGGCCAGACCAGCGCAGGGUGAUGCAGGACCUGGACCCCGUCAUGAGCCGGGAGUACUGGGAGAGGGAGCGAGUGGGCCGCUGGGACACAUACCCGGGACAUGCAGACCACGCGAGGGAUGAUGCGGACAGGUAUCCGCCUCGCCGUGGACCGCCAGAGUACUGGGACGACACCCACCCCCGCCACGGUGACCGGCCCCCCAGGGAGCCCUUCCCUGACGACGGGCCGCCCCACCGCUCACGCUGGGACUACUACGAGGGGGGGCGAGAUGACCCUUACCCCCCGCGGGAUGACCCCUACUACAAGGACUACUAUGACCGCUACGACAGGGACCCUUAUGCCGACCCCUACAGGGACAGGGAUCGCUACGAGAGAGACCCUUACGGCGACCCCUACAGUGACCGCUACUCCGACCGUUACCGUGAUUCCUACAGGCCGAGAGAACGCUCACCAUACCCCCCAGGCCACCCCGACGACCCUUACCCAUACCCAAGGGACCGCUGGGACCCCUAUGGCCGAGACCCACGGGAUGAGGAGAGGGACAGAGAGCCCCCACCAGGACCCCCCUCAGCCAGAGUGGAUAAGCCUGCCGUGGUGGACUAUGGCCAUGGUUCAGCCCUGAGAGCCAAACAGCCUCCGUCCAGGGACAGGUCGCCUUACUCUUCACGAUCUGACCAAUACCAUCGACAGGGCUACGAUGGGUUCGAUCCUUCACUCCGCGACCACCACCUAAGAGGCAGCAGGGAGGAUGACCGAGGAUCCCCCUGGGGACACUCAAGACACCCGCGCGACCCAAUGGGGAGGGAUAGGGACCGUUCACCCUCACGCCACUCCCCAGGCCCAAGACAAAGCCACAUGCCCCGUGCCCCCAGCCCCCCAAAGCUCCCAUCACCCCAGCAGGAAGAAGAGGAAGAGGAGGAGGAGGUGGAGGAAGAGGAAGGGAAUGUGGUGACGAUUGAUGACCUGGUGAACAUUCCCGGACGGUUCAUGAGGCCGCCCAAGAUUGUUAUUGUUCUCCGGGGACCACCGGGGGCAGGCAAGACCACUGUGGCCAGGAUGAUCAAGGACCGGGAGGUAGAGAACGGAGGCUCCCCACCGCGCAUCCUCAGCCUCGACGACUACUUCAUGGUGGAGACCGAGAAGAUGACCAACGACCCUGAAACUGGCCGUCGCGUCAAGACCAAGAUCAUGGAGUACGAGUUUGAGCCGGAGCUUGAGGACUCUUACCGCGCAUCCUUGAUUAAGUCCUUCAAGCGGCAAGUGGACGAGGGCUUCUUCCCCUUCAUCAUCAUCGACUGCAUCAACAACCGUGUCUCGUACUUCUCCGAGAUCGCCUCCUACGCUAAACAACACGGCUUUGAGGUGUACAUCGGUGAGCUCGAGGUGGACCUGUGUGUGUGUCACCGCCGCAAUACCCACAACCACUCCAAGGAAUACAUCACCAGAAUUGUCGAGGGCUGGGAACGCACACCCCCGAGCUACACCAAAGUUGACCUUACCUCACUGUCCCAGGACGCAGCGAUAGAGGAGGUGGAGAUGGAGGACUCAAUGGAGCCAGCAUCUAAUGGGAACCAGCAGGACAAGAACAAGAAUAGAGAAGGAAAGGAGGAAGAAGAGGAAGAAGAGACAGAGCAGGAGACAUUCCUCAAGAUCAGCAGUACUGGUGGUGGUGCGGGUGGUGGGGGAGGCCCAGCUAGCAGCAGUGAUGGUGACGUGCCCUGCCAACCUAACUCUGAUAAAGUAAUGCAACGGGUUUCACUAGUCGGACAUGGUCAAAUCCCUCAGGAUCUUGUCGUCCCUGGAGCAGAAAUAAGAAUUUUUAGCGUGCCGGGAGGAACAGCGAGUUCAUUUUUUGAAGACAGUCAGAUGACCCGUGUCUUAGAAUGGACACAUGACCUCUGUAUUUUAUGGAUAGGGAGUAAUGAUGUCACAGAAAAUACCUCCACUGAAAAGAUCAUAAAUAAUAUUGUGAAAAUAGUUGAGGCGAUUGAAGACAGAUGCGAGGCAAUAGUGCAGGUGGUUUUACUUGAGCCGCGAGUAUAUCCCAAUGGAGUUCCAGUGUCAGAGACCACGUACAUGAAGGUACAGAAAGCCGUGAAUAGACGCCUUAAGAAAGUGUUGGCAGGCAUUCGCUUCCACCACUUCAUUUCAAGGUUAUAUAGGGAUCAGCUGGCAGAGGAUGGUGUUCAUUUUAAAGAAAAGGGACGAAAGCUUGUACGAAGUUUAUUUACAAAAGUUAUAUCAGAUGAAGUACUUAGGAGCAGAAAAAAAUAAUCAGCUUUGACAAUUGGGUCCUUCACUGAGCUGGACCUGCCAUGUGGUGGCCCUGCUGGAGCCUCUGCCAGAGCCAAGCGCUGCGGCGUGCUGGGGUCCAGCGAGGCUUAAUUGACAUUUUCUGUACCACACUAGCAAAACAUUAGUUGUAAUGGUCGCUGUCAUGUUUACACCAAAAAUCUGAGUGCUGUACAGUAUUCAGGUCAUUCUAAUGAACACUGUUGGCAAAACUCAUCGAUGUACCCUCUAACACCAUCCCGUGGUUAAUAGGAAUGCAUCAGUGCGGUCUCUUGGGUAAAUAUUUCCGUCAUGCAAGAAAAGAAAAGUCAAACAAGUCUGGCAUGGUGUCAUGCUCUCACAGUCAUAUAGUAGUGGUGGAAGGUAGUGUUGAAAAUUUUGCCACUCAACAUUCCUCCGGCUGGAAUGCCCGUUUCAACACGAUGCAUUCCUCUGUCCCUCCAAUCAGAGCGCGGGAGGUUGUUUACACUGCUGCUAAACAUAUCGUACGCUGCCGGCAGCAAGUAUUAGACUUAUUUCAUAUUUCUAAUUUAACUCAUAAUAGGCUACAUACAUCUUUAGCAUCUUAUAAUAUUACAUUCACUAUAAUGAACUUUAAAGGAACAACAUAGAACAUGUGACGAUUGUUUGUGGGAAAAAACAUUUAAAUUUCCUAUUUCUUGCAUUUCCCCAUUUCUUAAUUACUACUAGUAAGUCAAGUGUCUCUAUACCGUAGCUAUGAAAAAAAUAUGUGAUUUCUAAAUAAUAGCAAAAAAAUAGUAAGAAAAAUUAUUUGAACGUACAUAUUUAUUUUGGUAGUUCCACCAGGGCCACCAGAUGGCAGGUAGAGUUCAGUGAAGGCCCCAGUUGCUGUUAAAGGAACCAAGUCUUUGUUUCAUUUUGUGUGCCAAAAACAAUGCUCACCUUAAUGGUAUCGGCUGCAAGCACGCCAUUCCUGUUGGCUGUCUUAUAACUUCAGAGAUUUUAUAUUGCAAAUAAAAAAGCACAAAUGAAUAAUGCAGCUGUCCAUUUCAAGUUGUCACAGUAAGUAGGCGAGAAGUAAAGACACACAGCCGACGCCACAGCUGUAACGGCCCGAGAUGCUGAUAGGGACAGUGAAGGGCUCAAGCCCUGAGGCACCAUUUGGCUUGAUGGUAGUGUCUUCCUCAGUCUUAGGGCUUGAGUUUGCAUGCCGGGCAGAUUGUUGGGGGGAAAAAAAAUCAAAAUAGAUCAGUUCUCUGCUUCAAGAAGUAAAAAUACCCACCAUUACAGAGUGAGCAUUGUUUUUGGUAUUUGGUAGGAUGGACGAUUGUGUCUAACUUUGGUAGUGAUGAGACUCGUGCAUGUAUUUGAACCCCAAUACUGUAGUAUCAUUAAGGACAUGUAAAUACAUUCCUUUUCUGCCUCAGCCUCGGCCACACGCCGCUGUGUGUUGGCUGUGGUUCGUGUUAAGGAGCGUUGUUGUGAGUGCAGUCCAACAUUUACCCUCACGUUGUGCAGCCUGCCUUGUUGGGCAGGUGUUUCAUCACACUACCAUUUGUUUAGCGCACCAGUGUCACACCCUUGCCCCGCCAGGGUGGGUGUUGGUGUGUUCCGCCACAGUAGUGUUACACACACACUGGAUUGAACACAAAAUGGCAUGCUUAGAGGCACCAGAAACCUUUAUCAUUGUUUUUAUUUGUUACACAGCCUCAAACAUUGGUGUGUCAAGACUUACUCUGUUAGGAAUAGUUUUACCAUGAAGGAAUGCACAAGAUUAAGAGUUGGACAGACAAUUUGCAUUACAAUAGUUCAAAUAUUAAAAUUGGCAUAAUCA